GGUCCUUAGUGUAGCUUUUCCUUUAUGCUAACAAAGCAGUAAAAGGCUCGAAAAUGUCGGGAGAGGUGUAUCUCCUGUGGCUUAUGUCGCUUUUACAAACGCUGUCGGCCUACGGAGCUGACCUGUCGUCUGAGGCGUGCAGGGAGCUGGGGUUCUCCAGCAACCUGCUGUGCAGCUCCUGUGAUCUGCUCGGGGAGUUCAGCCUCACCACGCUCCAGCCCGACUGCCGGCAGUGCUGCCAGCAGGAGGCCCAGAUGGAAGCGCGCAAGCUCUACCCUGGGGCCAUCCUGGAGGUGUGUGGAUGAAAAUUGGGGAGGUUCCCCCAAGUCCAAGCUUUUGUCAGGAGUGACAAGCCCAAGAUGUUCAAGGGUCUUCAGAUCAAGUACGUCAGAGGCUCGGAUCCUGUGCUAAAGCUUUUGGACGACAACGGGAACAUGGCUGAAGAGCUCAGCAUCCUCAAGUGGAACACAGACAGCGUGGAGGAGUUCCUCAGUGAGAAAUUAGAACAGAUAUAGAACCGUUUAGUUUUGAGUCUUUACCUAAAGGGUCGAUUCACCCAAAUGAAAAUACCUCCAGUGGUGUGUAGCCAUGCAGAUAUUCAGUUUUAUGUGCCUGAGAUUUAAGUCUCUGCCUCAGGUAAAUGCAGUUUGUAGUGUUCACAGCACUGGAAAUUACAUUUCAAAUAUUCAUCAACAAUGAUCCUUGUCAUUGUGGAUAGAGCCCCGAACACACUGUCAAACAUUCUAAUUUGAACUGUUUUCUUCUGAAGAGUGAUCCCAAUUAUAUGGAAGAGGACAAGGGCCAAAUGUGUAUUUUUAUUUUUUAUUUCUGAACAAAAGUCGGUCAGAAUUCUAAAAAGGGCAAAAAAUCCAUCUGACUUUUCUCAGAAUUCUGACUCUUCCAUACAUUAAAUAUAAAACAUAUUUUGAGUAUCCCAAACAAAGACACUCUUGCAUUUUCACAUAUUAGGUUGUGACGUAAAUCUCAAAGCACAUGAAACCAAAACUAUCUGCAUGGCUAGAGACUGCAAUGGGCUACUGAGAUUUUUUUUUAAUGUUAAUACUUUGGGUGAACCGACCCUUGAAUUAUUUACCAAUUUGUACACAACUUGCCCUUCUGGCUUGUUGUUAAAUCACUAUAUGACUGUUUUGUUUUUGUAUGAAAAUCCUGAAUUUCAUGUCUGGAUUCUACCAAAUAACUUAUGCGACAGUGAGGAAAGACUUCAUCACAGAGCCCAGAUGGGCGGCACACUCAAAUAAUAAUGAAGAUUACAGAUAGAUCAUGGAUCAAAGAGAGUAAAAAAACCUAAUGCAUAUUAGUGUUUAGUUGUCUGUCUGUGGGAGUUUACACCCCCCCCCUUUCUGUCUGAUAUUCUUGUAUGAUUAUUUUUUUACAAGGUUCAACGUUGUGACUGAUGGGAUUUGUAGUCCGAUUUGAUCCUAGUUGCUCUCCGUGGCAGAUGUUCUGCUGCAGCACCCGUUGGUGACGGGCUCACAGUAAACCAGUGUUGGGAUGUGAGCUCUGAUGUUUGUUGUGUUCAGCAUCUUCUGCUCUGGAGAGAAACUGGACUCAUAUAUUGAUGCUUGUUUUGGAGCGAGUGAGGUUUAAAUAUGCAACAAUAAACAAAGUCUCCGAUGGAU